CUUCCUGUAGUUCGCCAUCUUGCUUGCUUUGCUAAUUGCUAAAGGCAGAAGAGGCCCAGUGGGACCUUUGGCUGCCCUGAAACGACUCGAUGGAUGUUAGCACAGAGUCUGAGACACUUCCCACCCACACCACUUUUGGAGAAGAUGUGUUGGAACAUGAGCUGAAUCUUUCCAGCUCACACUGUCAGACGGAGAGUGGGGGGAACAUCUUACUACAGCUGCUGGAAUUCAAAACCAAUCUGCUCGAAGCCGUACAGGAGCUGCAUAUUCGGAGGGAUGCAGAAACCCGCUUUGAGGAUCAGAUCAGUAAGCUGGUGUUGGAGAAGCAGGAGAUGGAAUGGGAGAAGGAAUCCCUACAGCAUCGAAUUGAAUCUGUGACAAAGCAACACACUGAGUCACUCACAAAUCUUAAGAAACAGUUUCAGGCCAAAUUAAGAAACACAGAGGAGGAAAAGGGGAAAUAUCAGGUCAUUGCUGAGUUAAAAGACAAGGAGAUUAACAACUUAAAGGAAGAGCUGAAGUCACUGCAGUUGCUGAAGUACAACUUGGAGAAGAAAUCAAGUGAGCUGGAACAGAAACUGGCCUUACAGAGCCGGACAAAGGACGGCCACCUGAGCCAACUGGGAGAGGUGGAGAAAAGAUUCAGUGCCUUGUCCAGGCAGUGUGCCAUGGUCAAGCAGGCCCAUGACAACCUGGAGCAGAAUGUUGAUGAAGCCAUGAGAAUAAACAAGAAACUGACUUCUGCUAAUGAAAAACAAGCAGCAACCAUUGUGUCACUAAAGAAGGAGUUGGAUGAAGUCAGUAAUGAGCUCAGCAAGGCCAAGAUGACUUCAGUUAGACCGGCCAAACCCUACAGUCCCACAGGCAGAGAGCAGCAUAUACAGCAGCUGCACCAGAAGCUGAAGCUGGAAACUGAAAUGAACAAGAAGCUAAGGGAGGAAAAUGCAACUGAACUAGCAGAAAAGCAGGAGGUGAUACGGUCUCUGCAGCACACCCAGCAGCUGUUGCUGAGUCAGACGCAGACAGUGAGGAGAGUAGAGUUGGAGCUACAGACACAAAGACAGACGUGCGAGGCCCUUAAACAGGAACAUGAGGUGAUGGGAGAGCAAAGCAAGGCAAUGGAAGACAAGGUGGCCCAACUGAUGGAGAGCUAUGCUGCUUCCAAGACCAGCUGGGACAAAGAGAAGACGAAGUUUCUGGAUCACCUCAAGACACAGCAAGAAGCCCUUCAAGCACUGAAAGAGGCUUAUGAUGAUCUUCAUCAGAAACACGCUGAGCUGUCCUUACAGGCCAAAUCACAUGAACAGCACAUACAUGAAAUGGAGGUAAGAGACAGCAGCCAGACACUCAGUGUUUCUACCCAUCCCACCUCUGUGGAGGAAGUUAGAGGCGAGGAAUCUGUAAGUGAACGCAUCUCCAGAUCUAAGCUUCCCGGCUUUGGCAGUCUGCAGCACUCGGUCUCCUCUCAGGCCAAAAUUCCAGACCGUUUAGAGGACACAGCAACUGGAACUAUGAUACUUGCCACUGCAGAAACUGAAGGUCAAAAAGUCCCAAAACAACAGUCACAAACAAUAAAAGAGCCUUUAAGCCACCUAAAAAUGCCCAGUUGUCCACUUACCAUGAAUUUCAGCUCGUGUACUUUUUCUGGGACAGGAGCCACAGAGGCCAUAACAUUGAACAAAGGGGUUAACAACUCGAAAAGUGAACACAACCCUGAUGUGCUUUCAGAUCUAACUAAUACUGCUCUCUCUGUGUCUGAUGAUGAUACCCACUUUAUCAGAGGUUGCUCUGCGAGUAGUAUAACUGCAUCGAACUCCGAUUACAGCUCUCUCGGUGAAUCUGCAGAUUUACCAACAAACAUGAAAAAUAAAGGAGACGACACAGGAAUGAAUGAGAAAGAACAUGAGGAGAAGGACAGCGGGAAACAAGGAAAUAGCCAUAGAGAAGAAGAGGAGAAAAAUACAGGACAGCUGAGGAAUAGGGAAGACGAUCAAGGAGAAGAUGUGAAGGAGGGAGGACGUGCUGGAGAAAAGAGAGGAACAGCCAUGGCACAAACAACAGAUAGAAGAAACAGGCGAGAGGACAGUGAGGGGUCAGCAAAGGAUGCUGGAACAGAAACAAAAGAUAGAGCGGAUGGAGCGAAGGAGAGAGAAAAGACAGCAGUGCAGACACCACAAACACAGAUACGAGCCCAGACGAUCACUGAUAUGACUGCUGAAAAGAGCCACACACUGCAGGUCAUUGACUUCAUGGGCGCUGAGCCGCCUGUGGAUGUCUGUAAACCCUCAGACUUCACACAAAGUCUCUGUCAGAAAGUCAGUGAAAAGGAUGCUGAAUGCAAACAUUUGAAGAUCCAUGGUGAGACUGGAAGAGAUGGAGAACAUCAAAGUGUUAGCUCUGAACAACAGGAAGUUUCAAAUUUGUGUCAAAACGAGGUCCAAAGCUCAGACGGAGACACAGGAUCACUAAGUCAGCCUCCCACCAAAAAAGCAGGGGAGCUUUCUGCUGGACUUUCUGAACACCUGAAGCAGUCAAGUACCUCACAGACAGACGAUGCCGCAUCAGCUGGUCACUCAUAUGGUUUUCACAGCGCUGAAAACUUGGGAUCAUGUCAGACACAUACAGAAACACGUACUCCUUCUGACGUUAUUUCAGAUAUGACGCAAACAGAUGAAAUCUUUGAUGUACCUGUGAGUGAAAAACUGGCAGAACCUGAGCAGCUGCUGGAAAGCUUAGAGCAGAAAGAUGGGCAGCGGAAGUCUGUGGUAACUGUUGAAGGAAAGGGUGAUCCAAGUGUAGAGAACAGAAGAAAAGAUGAAUCAAGUGUAGAUACGAAUGUCUAUCAAACACCUAUGGAAGAAUCCCACUUAAAAGAUGGCAAUGUUAAUAUUACGAUGGGUGCCAUAACCCUUGAUUCUGAGGUGAAAAGUGAGCAUAUAAAGGACACAGAAGAUACAAAGAAGACUAAAAGUGAAACAGAUCCGAAGCUGCCACUCGUUACAAGUCUGGGUCACAAGCAGCCUGAGUUAGGAGAGAAGCUGCUGAGUGAUUGUGGCAAGUCGUCUCUGCCCAGCAAAAAGACUUACAGGCCAUUAUUUGAGUGGGCCGCUCCCGAGAGAAGAAAGUCAAACUCCAGAACAAAGUCAGAUGUCACCAUAGCGCACCAGCCAAUCCAGGGAUCUUCUCUGUCUGAGCAGAAUACAACUGCUGGAUUCCCAGGACAUCCUGCCAGCACAAUAAUACCCAAGCCCCUCAAAAGCAAACACGACAAUGUCCCCUUGGUGAUUAUGAGGGCGUCAGACCUGUUGAAUGCCUCCAGUGUCUGUGGGACCGCACCUUCCCUGAGGAGAAAGCAGCAGGGACUCUGGGAAGCAGUGCAGGAGACCUGCAGAGAGAGAACAGCAGCAGAUACGGAUGGCAGAGCUCCUCCGCCAAGCUGUUCUUUUCCAGCCUCCAGCACAGGCAGCAAACUGUCAUGGCAAACCACUGCAGAGUGUAGCAGAGCUCCUACCUUAGCUGCAGGACCUAGUUCAGAGUCCAACUGGGAACUCUCCUGCUCCCAGGAGAGGGACGAUCAACAGGAAUCAUUCAGGGCGCAGAUCUCAAAAAUCGAACAGUUCCUCAAGACAGAGAGACUCCGUCUGUCCAAAAGACAACAAACUGAACCAAAUCUGUAGAAACUGCUGGUCGUCUUUAUUCGCUGUCCUAGGUGAGACAUUGUGUGGCACACGUUUGACAGUUAUUGUUAGCGCAGGUCUAAAUGUUCUGAAACAUAAUUGCUUUUUAAUAUAUACAUGUGUUACUGAUUCCUUUGAACUGUAUAGUUUCUUCUAACAUUGCUGUUUGAAGUUUAAAGUUUUUUGGGUCAAAUCAUUAA